GAGGAAACGGAACCCAUCAAAUCACAAGAGACAAAAGGGAACAAAAAGGACACCCCCACAAAGACAACAGAACACAAUAUCACAACAAAGAAACUAAUCAGCAAGCAAGCAUCCAAACUACCGUAACAAAUAUCAUGCAUGACAACAACAGCAACGAAGCCUUUACCAAGCUGCUGAGUCCUCAGCCAGACACCAUGACGGCUCGUGGCAGCGACGAAGAUGAAGAUACGCUCCGCUAUUAUCUCGACGAUGAUCCCGAGAUUAAUUCUUCCAUCACUGGUUGUUUCGAAGCCUCUUUUCUAGGAGCCGUUGCGUCGGCGGUGUGCUUUCCAAUCACUCUAUUGGCCUGCUGUGGGUUGACCAUUAUUCCUGAGCGACAACACGCAGCAGUGCUCUACUUUGGCAAAUAUUCCGGCAGUAUCCAGAAACCAGGCAUUCACUUUUUGCCACCCAUCGGGGCAGAAUUCCGUUAUAUGUCAACCGCCACUCGUACACUGAACUUGACGGAUAUCAAAGUAUUGGACCAACGCGGUAACCCAAUCGUAGUGAGCGCAGUCGUUACUUUUGAACCCACGUCGGCCAAAAAGGCACGCAUUGAUGUCGAGAAUCCCUGGCCGGAAAGACGAAGUGGCGAGGACGAAACCUUUUUGCAAUUGCAGGCACAAGCCGUCUUGAAACAAGUGGCAUCCAUGUUCCCCUACGAGGCACCUCCCGGUGAAUCUUCGCUGCAAACCGAGGGCGCGCAUAUUGCCGACAUGCUCAUUGCCCGAUUGCAGAAACGCGUGGCCGUGGCAGGGGCUCGGAUCCAGUCGUUUGAUUUGGUCGACUUGAGCUAUGCCAAGGAAAUUGCUUCCGCCAUGUUGGUGCGGCAACAGGCAGCUGCGUUGGUCGAUGCAAGAAAGCUCAUUGUCAAGGCGGCCGUCGAUAUGACACACCAAGCCGUCAAGGAUCUAGAGGAAAAAACAGGAGAACCAAUGUCCAAAGAAAUGCGAGAACGGACAUGUGCCAAUCUACUCACUGUGGUGUGCUCCAGUGAAGCCGUCACUCCCACCUUGCCUGUUGGCUAAUUUUCGGCACAAUGAGGUGGUUGGCAGUUAUUGGUUUGUUUGGUGGUUCUUUUUGUGUUGUGCUGUUGUGUGGUAGAAUAAGUUCAGUUGCGUAAGUUAGUUCGCUUUGCUCCUUUCCUGAUAGCUGCUUGGCCAGCCAGAUUCUCGUUCUGUCGGUUAUGAAUGCAAGAAUUUGCUCUAUUGAAUGCUGGCGAAGAACUGGUUGCCAAGCUCCAGACAAGCGAGGAAGACGAGGUUUCUACAUUUGUGAUUGAUACUUUACUAAUAUUUACUGUUACAUGCACCCGGGUACAAGAUAGUCGACGGCGCAAUGAAGCCAAAACGCCGCACGAGAUAGCUAGCUAGAAGACACAAUUGGCGGAAGUUACGUCCUGUUGAGAUUGUUGCUUGAUUCGAUCGCAAAACAUCAACACUACGUCUCGUAUUCCACACAAGACGAACUCUGAGGUGCCAAGUGUUUUUGCGUGGAUUCCCAACCCCUGCGGUUUUGCCAAGCAAACUUGAGAUAUUCGCUUCCAGCAGCUCCCAGCACAAACGGAAGUUGCAGCUUCUCUGCGAGUGGAAUGAUGACAUUGUCGAAUAAAAUAAGUUCUUGUUGAUACCAA